AUGACUGGAGACUUGAAGCAAGCCUUCAUGCACUUGAACGAAUCCCUGCAGAUGAAACAUGCUAUAUACGGUGACUGUGCCAAUCCAAGAGCUGCAGCAACGUUGCACAAGCUUGGAGCAGUGACCAAGGAGAGAGGACAUUUGCAGCAGGCACUGCGAUACCUGAAAGAGUGUUUGCAAAUGCGCCGGUCUUUGAAUUCUGGUGUCGAUUCUGGCAUUGCAGCCACUUUGCACCAGAUUGGUCUUGUGACCGCCAUGACUGGAGACUUGAGGCAUGCCCUGCAGUACUUGCAAGACUCCUUAGGAGUGACACAGAAUUUGCAUCAUGGGGACCACCUUCAUUCUGCGACGACUCUGAGUGAGCUUGGCGUUGUGACAGGCCAGAUGGGGGACCUGACACAAGCUGAGAAGUACUUACAAGAGUCCUUGCGAAUCCAGAGGUCGUUGAAGAGUGAUGUCGAUCCGGGGAUCGCAUCUACUUUGCACCAGCUUGGAGCUGUAGUUGGGGAGCGAGGGGACCUCCAGCAGGCAGUUCAGUACUUGAACGAAUCUUUAGCAAUGCAACAAGCUUUGUAUGGUACUGGUAACAGCUACGGAGUAGCUCUCACGCUCCAUAUGCUUGGCUACUUGAUGGUGGAGGCUGGGGAUUUCAGUGAGGCCCAGCAAUACCUUCAAAGGUCAUUUCAAAUGCAGCGGUCCCUUGUUGGUGAUGACUACAGUUCUGAAGUCCAAGUACUUUUGGAAGAGCUUGCUCAUGUUCUUGCUCACAGAGGAGAGGCCUUUCUAGAGCAUGCCUUGCUCGACCCUACCUUCGCUCUUUCCAAGGACGAUCUACGCUACCUCAUCGAGUGCUACAGAGCCUUGUCUCUGGAACUCGACUAUCAGCGAGUGCUCCACGUCAGUCGCAGUGGCCUCGUAGCAGAUUCGGACAGCAACUCGGCUCAGCCUAUGAGGCACCAAGACCAAGCACCCUCCGAUGGUGUCCAGCAGAAUGACGAAGGAGCUCCUGGCAGCUGCAGGCCUUUUAGGAAGAACGCGCGUCACCAAGGAACGAGCUUGAUGAUGGCUGUACAGGAGGCAUUAGCUGGAAAUGACUUUGGGUAUGUUAGAGUCAGUGAGCUCAUUACGGCUCAGGCGGAUGUCAAUCACACCUGCCAUUCUCCGAACGGGCCCAGUUUGCUGUCCAUGGUGGUGCUGGCCAACAACGCCAGACUUACUACCAUGCUGUGCCAGGCAAAAGCCGAUGUUGCCCGUGUGUCCGAGUCUCCGAGUGCCAUUUCUUUGGCACAUGGGAGGCGGAUGGUGGCCUCACUCGAGGCCAUGGCCCGUUUUCCUGAGUGCUAUCGCGCCGACGAUUUGACUCCAGACCUCGUCCGGCUGCUGGUGAAGGGAACGGACAUCAAUUGGGCGGAUGUGCAUGGCCGAACGGCGCUGCACCAGCAUGCUGCUGCUCAACGCCUGGAAGCUGCGAGCCUAUUGGUUCAGCACAAGGCCAGGAUUGACGUCAGAGACUCUGGAGGCAAGGCACCCAUGGACUUGGUUCCUGAAAUGGCUGAGGAAGGAGCACAGUGGCAGUCUCUUCUCAGCUUUGUGACGCUCGCGGUGGGUUUCAGCGGAGAUGAGAUGGCACUUCCCAUCUCUGAAGUGAAUGUUCAGCAAGACUUUGUCCAUUGCGUGAGGCAGAAACUGCGGGAAUACUACCAACUUCGAGGUGAGUCAGUGUCCUAUUUCACACUUCGAAUCAUGGAUGGACAGAACAUCUUGCAGAUUGGCUCAUGGGAAGCUUUGGGCAAGCCAAAGCGUGUGACAAUCGCCCGUGGAAACUUUGCUGUGCAAAGCCCAGACACAGAGGAGCAGACGAAGGAGUUCUUGAAGCUGGCAGGGCAGGUGGGCACCGAUGCUGAUCAAUUGAUUCGAGGUCACUUGCUGAACUUUCAAGAUCCAAAUGUUACCGAUGAGCGAGGCGAGACCGCAGCCUUCAAGGCCUCUAGAAACUCUGACCUACCAAAGCUGGAGAUCUUGGAAUUGGGAUGUGCCGACUUCAACCAGGCAGACAUCGAUGGUGCCACUCCACUCUUCGUUGUUGCGCAGCAUGGUUGGCUUCCUGGAGCCAAGUUCCUGGUGUUGUACAAGGCUGAAGUGGACAAGUCGUUCAAGACCAAUGCAACGCCAGCCUACGUUGCUGCCCAAAACGGGCAUUUGGACGUCGUUGGCUUCCUGGUGGAAUCGAAUGCCAAACUGGACGCUCGAACAGCGGACGGAGCCACCCCCCUGUUCAUAGCCUCCCAAAUGGGUCACUAUGGAAUCGUGCAGAUGCUUCUCAUUGCCAGAAGCUCCCUCGAUCUCCCUAACCAGACUGGUGCAGCUGCGCUGUUCAUUGCUGCCCAGAACGACCAUAGUGACAUCGUGGAGCUACUUCUGUCCUGGCAUGCAAACCUUGAACAAAGGACUGCAGGAGGUGCCUCGCCUGUCUACAUUGCUGCUCAAAAGGGGUGCGAUGACUCGCUUACAUUGCUCCUCAAAGCGGAAGCCAAUCCCAACGUAGCAGCCAAUGACGGAGCGACACCACUCCUGAUCGCGUCGCAGAAUGGACACCAGAGCUCCGCCGGCAUCCUUUUGUCCUCUAGAGCUCUCGUCAACAAACCGAUGUCCACUUUUGCAACUCCUCUUUUCGUCUCGGCUCAAAAUGGUCAUUUGGGCGUGGCCAAGGUGUUGGUUGAAUGGGCAGCCGAUGUGCAGCUCUCUUUACAGAAUGGGACGAGCCCUGCCUACGUCGCGGCCCAAAAUGGACACAAAGCCAUGAUCAAGUUUUUGUGUGAGAAGAAAGCCGACAUUGAAGCAACGGGUGCUGGUGGCGCAACGGCUUUCUUCAUUGCUGCGCAAAAUGGCCGCCUAGGAGUCUUGCAGUUUCUCCUAGAGAUUAUCAAGCUGAGGCCUGCAGCUCUUUUGGGGCAGCUGGACGUGAAGACCAAUGAUAAAUCUACGCCCCUGCUCGUGUCAUCCCAGAAUGGCCACAUGGAUGUGGUGCUGUUCUUGACGCAGGAAUUCCAAGUGCUUCCUGUGGCCGACAUGGCGCAGGUCAUCAACCACCAGAAAGAAGGCGGUGCUUCAGCUUUGUAUUUGGCAUCGCAAAAUGGCCAUGCCAGUGUGGUGAUCCAUCUCUUGACACUCCGUGCCAGAGUGGAUCAGGGCUUGACGGGGACAUUGGAGACUCCCUUGUUCAUUGCUUGCCAAGGCGGCCAUGAAGCGAUUGUGACUGAGCUCCUCCAAAACGAUUCUGAUGCUAACCAGCUCAAGCACGACCAGACAAGUCCCUUGUACAUUGCGUGCCAAAACGGUCACUCCCGCUUGGUACCUCAUUUGCUUGAACAAGGCGCUUCUGUCAACCAUCAGAACCAGAAUGGAGCUACGCCCUUGUUCAUCGCCUGCCAGAAGGGGCACAAUGGCAUUGUGAGGAAGUUACUGGAGAAGCGUGCAGAUCCCGAGCUAGCCCUUGCAAGUCAUGCGACCCCGCUCUACAUCGCAUCAUCUAAAGGGCAUUUGGGCAUCGUGAGGGAGCUCCUGGCGAUCCGUGCAAACGCCAAUACAACGCCCCGACACGAGACGACUCCGCUUUCAGUUUCAGUGCAGAACAAGCAUGCUGAGGUGGCUACAUGUCUACUUGGAGCGACAGUGAACAUCAACAUCAACAAGGGUGAGAUUAAAGGAGGCCUGACAGCUCUUCAUUUUGCCAUCAUCGGUCAGGAGUGGGAGAUCGCCUCCGCUUUGAUCGCCCAUGGUGCCAAUCCCGAGCAGAAGGAUAAGCACGGCCGUGACAGCUGGAAGCUUGCAGAAGGAGUGCCUGAAGGACUUCUGAAGCUUCGCGGCAUCCAAAUGACCCGCGGAUGA